AUGGAGCUAAUCGCUGCGGCCAAGGUUACCGCUGAAAUUCUCGCGGCUGCAAUCGGGGAUACCAUGGGCGCUCACUGGAUGCCCUACACGUCACAUAUGAUUCAAGGAUGUAUCAACAAGGCCUGGGACAACACCAAGGGUUUCGCGACGAUCGCAAAGAAAUGCACAUGGAUUUCGAAUUUCUUCAACGGCAACAGCAACGCCCGAACAGUCAUCAAGCGCCAUUGGACAACUUACAAGAAUGGACUUCUUCCUGUUGGCAGCGCCACUCUCGCCGACAAUGCCCGUCCUGCCAAUGGUGCCCCUUUCGCCGGCAAUGUCCUUCCCACCAACGGCGUCAAUCUACCAGACGAUGUCCGUCCUGCCAGCGAUGUCCGUCCUGUCAACGGCCCCGUCCUCUCCAACGGUACCCCUUCUGCCGACGGAGCUCUUCCUCCCAUUGGUGCUCCUCCUUCCACUGGUGCCUCUCUCCCCACUGGUGCUUCUCCUGCCGAUGGCGCUCCUCCUACCAGUGGCGGCCCUUCUAUCAGUAUGCCCUAG